AUGUCGAAAAUGAGUUCUUCGGCGAAGUAUUUAUACCGUCGAAGGCGUCAACUGUACGACCAAAUGAUUCGAGUGAACCAUUCGGGAGAGUUGGCCGCAGACCGCAUAUAUUGGGGCCAAAUGUUGGUCCUGAAGAACGAUCCCAAACACUGUCCAGUGAUCCAAGAGAUGUGGGAUCAGGAGAAACACCAUUUGUCACAAUUUGAGAAACUAGUUGUCAAACAUCGGGUCAGCAAAAGCCUGUUUGAGCCGCUGUGGAGUGUUUGUGGGCUCGCGUUGGGCGCCACCACCGCCGCGAUGGGUCCUCAGGCGGCGAUGGCCUGCACUGUGGCCGUAGAGGACGUGAUCGCCAAACACUACGACAACCAAUUGAGACAAUUAAUAGACGACGACUUAGAAGAACACAAACAACUCAUCGAAACAAUCAAACAAUUCAGAGACGAAGAGCAACACCAUUACGACACCGGCAUUGAGUUCGGGGCACAAAAUGCUUUCGCUUUCAAACUCAUGUAUACAGUCAUCUCAAACGGCUGUCGACUCGCCAUUAAAAUAGCAGAAAAGAUAUAA